GAAAUAUUUUAAUUUCUUUGGCAGGAUGACUUUUAUUGACAAAUUUAUGAAUUUACACAAAAAUCGAACAAGAUAAGGACAAUUUUUAGAUAAAUCACCACCCUUAAUAAUAUCCCCACUAUUAUCAAAAAAAGAUUCUUGAAAAUGUAUAAAAAUAGUGGAAAAAUCAACUCCCACGAUCAGAGUGGAAUCGAACGUGUCCAAACGGUGUAGUUUACGAGCCAAACGGAACAGAUAGAGAUAGAAGAGGCCCCGUGUUCGCAAAGGAAAUUUUGUUUAGUAGCGUUCUGCCUGCGCGAGUCAACGGUUCUGAAAAUGGCGUCCGAGGUUCAACUGAACGGGCUGAACAACGUGAACGGUUCGUUGCGAAAACGACCCCGUGUCCAAGAACCCCGCUCGAAGGUAACCGUAGUCUUAGGGGCUCAAUGGGGCGAUGAAGGCAAAGGGAAGGUCGUGGAUAUGUUAUCCACCCAAGCAGACGUCGUUUGCCGGUGUCAGGGUGGAAAUAACGCAGGACACACAGUUGUUGUUAACGGAGCUGAAUACGAUUUUCACUUAUUACCCAGCGGAAUUAUUAAUCCCCAAUGUAUAUCAAUAAUUGGAAAUGGUGUGGUUAUUCAUUUGCCCGGUUUAUUUGAAGAGAUAGCAAAAAUCGAAGCUAAGGGCAUUAAGGAUUGGAAAGGUCGCUUAAUGAUUUCAGAUCGCGCCCAUUUAGUUUUCGAUUUUCACCAGCAAGUCGAUGGGUUACAAGAACAGGAAAAUAGCGAGAGUGGUCAAAGUUUGGGAACCACGAAACGCGGAAUUGGGCCUACUUAUUCAUCAAAAGCAACGAGAAACGGUCUAAGAAUAGGCGACCUAUUAGGCGACUUUGAACAAUUUUCUAAGAGAUAUAAAUCUUUGGUAAGUAUGUACCAAAGAAUGUUUCCAUCAUUAAACGUCGACGUUGAGUUUGAAUUAAAAAAGUACAAAGAUUACGCGGAACAAGUGAGACCCCUUGCCGUAGAAACAGUCUUCCUACUUGACAAAUCUCUUAAAGAAGGUAAAAAAAUCCUGGUUGAAGGCGCCAACGCGGCUAUGCUGGACAUAGAUUUUGGCACAUAUCCGUACGUAACCUCAUCUAAUUGCAGUAUUGGGGGUGUUUUAACCGGUUUAGGUUUACGACCAAGUAGUAUUGGUGAUGUUAUUGGUGUUGUUAAAGCUUAUACAACACGUGUUGGUGAUGGUCCUUUUCCAACGGAACUCUUUGAUGAUGUUUAUGAGUUAUUACAAACUAAGGGUGGUGAGAUUGGUGUAACUACACGCAGAAAACGACGUUGCGGGUGGUUAGAUCUUGUCCUCUUGAACUACACAAACAUGGUCAAUGGGUACACGUCACUGUGCGUUACCAAGUUGGAUAUUUUAGAUACACUCAAAGAAAUUAAGGUUGCCGUUGCAUACACACUAAAUGGGAAGAAAAUCGAAUCGUUUCCGUCAAGUUUAUCGCAAUUGUCGAAAGUUGAGGUUGAGUAUUUGAGAUUACCUGGAUGGGAAACAUGUACGGAAAAAAUUCGAGAUUAUGAAGAUCUUCCUGAAAACGCUAAGCGUUAUGUUGAAACGAUUGAACAUCAUCUUGAUGUUCCAGUGAAAUGGAUAGGAGUUGGUAAGGGAAGAGAAUCCAUCAUUACAGUACAAUGAUUGUUAUUAACAAUAAGUAAUUUGUUAAAUAUAGAUUUGAUUGUAGAUUUGUCGAUUAUAAGUAUAAUAAUAUAAAACAUAUUUAAAAAGAAAAUGUUGGACGUUACUCUGCGCAAAAUUAACUAAAAAAAGAUUAGAAGAAAUUGUAAUUAUUUUUAACAGCGAAAUGUGUAGUAACGCCUUCGGUUUUCUUUUCUAUUUCUUUUUCGUUUCUAUUUCUCAUACAAAAGUUAGGACUAUUUCAUUUAUCUAAUUACUAAUAAUAAGUUAAAAUGUUCCUACAAAAUAAAUACAAAACAGAUCACAACAUAUUUAAGAAAAAAAUGAAAAAUAGUAAGAUGGUAUUUGUGUUUAAUUCUUUUUCUUUGUAUUCAAGAGUCCACUAUGUUUUAGCUAUAAGUUUAAAAGACUUCUUGUUCUUUUUUGUUUCUUUUCCUCACGGGUCCAAAAAAAAAUGUAUAAAUUAACAAUUCGAUUUUAUUUUUGUAUUUGUUACGUACUUAACCGCCUAUACAGAUGAUUUAAAUGUAAAAGAAUAAUAAAUGUCAAAAGUAUUUAAAUUUAAAGCGCUAUCUUUAAUUUUAUUAGAUUUUUGUUACAAUAGUUACUAGUCAAGACGAUGCGAUGGUAAUGAAAAGUGUGAAUAAAUUAAUAAAGAAAAGAAAAACGAUUUGCAUUGAUUGUAAAUCAUAAUAAAUAAUUAAUGUAAAUAUUCCAAGUAGAUACACACAAUUUAUUAUUGUGUGCUUGUUUUUGGAUGUUUUUUUGAAUUUGAACGUUAUUUCUCAUGUUUGGAAGCUUCGUUUUAUGUACAGUGCCUGCAUUGGGAUUUCAAAAGUACACACAAACACAAAUUUAUGAAUUGUAAUAGCUGCUAUACACAAAAUAUUUGCACAAAAUAUUUUUUCCUUAAAAAGAGUAUUUCGUGCUUAUCCCAACGCAAUAAUCUUGUUUAUGUCUAAUGGUAUGUGUUUUAAGAUGCAAUCAAACUGUAUUUCUAUGCGUUUAAAGCGAAAAUUAAACAAUUGUACUCUUA